AUGAGCAAUAGCUCGUAUUCGUUACUGAGUAAUUCAUCAGACAAACUCGACGUAGAAAUUUCUAUUAAAGAACCACCAACAUCGUCAUCAGCAGCUAUGAAUAGCGCGAAUGAAGCAUUGAAAAAACGCUAUGUGCAAAUCGCUGUUGCUGUAAUUCUUUAUUGGUUUGUUUCAAUUACAAUGGUAUUCUUAAACAAAUACUUACUAAGUUCAAAGGAUGUCAAACUUGACGCUCCACUUUUUAUCACCUGGUAUCAAUGUGUUGUUACAGUUGGUAUUUGUGCCGUUUUAGGAAAUUUGAAUAAACGUGUCGCGUUAUUUUCCAAAUUUCCGACGUUCAAAAUUGACCUUAAAAUUGCACGUGAUGUUCUACCUCUAUCAGUUAUGUUUGUCGCAAUGAUUAUCUUCAAUAAUUUAACAUUAAAACAUUUAACUGUAUCGUUCUACAUGGUCGGACGAUCGUUAACAACGGUUGCAAAUGUGGCUUUUACGUAUUUAAUGCUCGGUCAAAAAACAUCGUACAAAGCAUUAGGAUGUUGUGGAUUGAUUGUUGCUGGCUUUUUCCUCGGUAUCGAUCAAGAAAAUGCACUUGGUACUCUUUCAAUGUUCGGCGCAUUAUGCGGUGUUGCAUCGAGUGCCUUCGUAGCAUUAAACGCGAUUUAUACGACCCGAUGUUUACCAUGUGUUGACAAUAAUGUUUGGCGUUUAUGUCUUUACAAUAAUUUCAAUGCCUGUAUACUCUUUCUUCCUCUUAUGUUAAUCUUCGGAGAAUUGACACCUGUUUUUACUUUCCCCAAACUAUUCAACAUACCAUUCUGGUUUGCCAUGACCAUGGCUGGCGUACUUGGCUUUUCUAUGGGUUAUGUCACGGGUUAUCAAAUACAAAUGACAAGUCCGUUGACACAUAACGUCUCCGGCACAGCAAAAUCUUACGUACAAACUCUACUUGCCGUUGUCGCCUAUUCGGAAGUGAAAACCUCACUUUGGUGGAUAUCGAAUAUAUUCGUUCUUGGCGGCUCAGGUUUAUUUGCACAUGUUCGCGCAACAGAAAUGAAACGCACUCAUAAUACAAAUAAUAAUAAUGAAAAUAAUUCAUCAACAUUACCCAAAUGA